CCGCCAGAAGAAGAACUCCUCCUCUAACCCUAACACCUCCUCCUCCUCCUCCAGGGCAGGGAGAGUUUAGUGGGUUCGCUGAUGGAGUAAUCGUUGGAGGAAAUAUCUUCUGUCCCUGUGUGUGAAAGCCUAGGUGUUUUUUUUUAUUUUGGGGUGAAGCCGCAGUGCAGAUAUUAUGUCGUCUUGGGCGAAAUCAUCUGCAGCUGCCCGGCGUCCACCAGCUAACCCAAAUGGAAGUGGUCAACAACUGCGUCUGUUUCGGAGAGCAGCGCCUUACCCCACCAGAGAGGAGAGGACCGAGGAGCUAAAGGAUGCUCUGGACAGUUAUGAAGAACUAGAUCAAAUGCAAAACUUCAGUGGAAGUGUGAAGUAUGAGGGCUACAAGCAUCAGCCAAAUGCCAAGCCAGAGACCUGCACUCCAGCUGACAGACGUAAAGCCCUGUAUCAGAAGUUCUACAAACAGGUGCAGGAGGAGAGGAAACCGCCUGACUGCGUAGUCCUCUCUGUCACCAACAAGUGCCUGGAUUACCCCAAAUCGCUAAGCCAGUGCUUGCAGGAGCGUGGCCUGUCAGUGGAAAUGCUCUACCUUCAGGCGGAAUCAGGCCUGACCCGGGCCCUGCAGGAUGUCCGAGCAGACGGCUCCCCGUUAUGUAUUCUGGUGGAGCAGACAAACAUAGCUCUGUCCUCCUGCACUGUUAUCAUAUUCUCAGAAUCCCUCAAAAUCCAUCGCAACAUGCCCAAAGACCAGGCCAUGGACUUUGUUGCAGCUGAGUACAGUCGUGGACUGGUCAAAGAGCGCCCACCGAGGGACCCCGCAGACAUUGCAGCGCAGGCAUCGCAGCUGCUGGAUGACUUCCUAGAUCGGGAAAAGAUCGAGCACCACAGUGUUCCCUCCGAAACACGCCAGCUCCUCAUGCUGUUAACUGAGGGGGUGCAUCUCUACCCUGAGGAGCUGGAAACCAUCUCAGAGUAUGUCCGUUCCCGACAGGAUCACAUACAAGCCUCCAACACUGAAGGGGAGAGAGGGAACAUGUUACCUCCAGGGCUGGGGAAACCACCUCCUCUGCUCCCUACUCCACCUGGGCCCCCUCAGCCUCAGUCUGCAGCUGGGGCGGGGCCCAUGGUGGACCACUCCCCACCUCCACCUGUACCUCUCUUGCCUUCACCAGGAUCUUAUCCCAAAACCAAACCUCCUCCUCUGUUGUCCUUGCAUCGACCUCCUGGUCCAUCACUAGGAGCCCCAGCUUCACGAGGCCCUCCAUCCUUACACAGCCCAUACGGCCUGCCCGCUGUGUCUCGUGGGCCCUUACUCCACCAUCCUCCUUCAUACCACCCAGGCCCCAGGGGCCCUCACGGGAGUAGAGGAGCCCCUCCCUCCCUAAAGAGUUCCCGUCCUCCACUUCUCUCUGCUCCAGGUCCCCCUCUUCCACGGCCGAGUGGCCCUCGACAUUAAGAAAUGACAGAGACAUGCAGACAUACAGUUUAAACACAUGCAGGCUACAAGUGACAGAAGUGUGCCAUCUCAGCUAACUCUUAAGGAGAUCACCCCUGGCCCUCUGUGUAACGUUCCUCUUGUGACCUUAAAAAAUAAAAAGGAGUAAACCACUCUCAGUUAGACAGAAAAGAUGGCAGUUAAUGUUAGAUAUUAUCAUCUCAUUUUCGUGGAUGGAGUGACGAAGGAUGGCAUGGAGGAUUCAAAUGACUGAUAAUUUCAUUCUGUUUUUUCUCUUUUUAAUGUACUGCACCUCUCACCCAGCUCUGUCCCUUAAAAAUCCAUGUUCUAUUUUUCUAGUUUUCCUUUUCAGACUCCAUGUUGAUGUAGGUCACAUUUACAAGCUGCACAGGAUAAACAUUGAACAACUAGCUUGUUUAGCUGAAUGCACAAGACACCCUGGAGAAUAACGCACAGCUGGUUCAUAUUUAAAGCAACAAAAAGGCAAAUAGUAUCGGAGGUCUCACAAUGGCAUUAGGACUUUUAAUUUUUCUGUAUAUUAUGAAUAUAACAAGUAGCCUACCUGCUGAACACAGCGUUUCAAUAUGGUGCUGAAAAUUUCACAAGGAGUUCUCAAGGAUUCUUAUGAGGAGAGAAAUCCAACAACCAACUGAAAGUUUGUGUUUAUAAGCUGUAUUCUUGGCUCAAAUGUUAUUUUAUUUAUAUCCUUUUAUUUUUGACAUACGUAGAAAUAAACAGUCUUAAGGAA